CGUGACGUUUCUUGCCCAUGUGAUCAGGGCGGCGGUAUAAAUAACGAGAGAAGAUCCGCCCCCUCUGUGAUUCAAGGUUUUAGACCUUUUGCAGGUUUCCCGGCACAUUUCUCAGCCUGGCACCGACCGGGGUCGUUCGUUACUCGGCGAUAAUAAUAAAAAAAAUAACUGAAUAAAACAAGUUUUCUCUGAAAACAUAUGGAAAUAGGUGGAAAACAGGGGGGCAUCUCUCAACGACGGCGACACGCGCUCCUCUCCUCUCCCCCUCCUCAUAUGAGUUUUUGAAGAGGGAGGGCAGGGCAGCUUGUGCAUCUCAUCGUCUUCCUCAUCUGGCGUCGGAGGGCACAGCCGUGUGUGUGAGCCAUGACUCUGAGCUCCGAGAUGUCGGAUGCCUCCAUCCUUUCGGAAGAGACAGACAUAGACGUGGUCGGAGAAGGGGAGGAUGGGGACAACCAGACGCGCUCCUACGUGGACGAGGUGGCACAGAUGCACGACGGCAUCCUCCUGGACGGCUCUCCUCCUCCGUGCCUGGACAGCUCCACCUCCUCAAGGGAUACCUACAAGCCGGCGGGCAAGAACACCCUGGUGAAGCCCCCUUACUCCUACAUCGCUUUGAUCACCAUGGCCAUCCUGCAGAGUCCAAAAAAGAGGCUCACUCUCAGCGAGAUCUGCGACUUCAUCAGCAACCGCUUCCCGUACUACAGGGAGAAGUUCCCGGCCUGGCAGAACUCCAUCAGACACAACUUAUCCCUCAAUGACUGCUUCGUGAAGAUACCGAGGGAGCCCGGGAACCCUGGGAAGGGUAACUACUGGACCUUGGACCCGGAGUCGGCUGAUAUGUUUGAUAACGGGAGCUUUCUGAGGCGGAGGAAACGCUUCAAGCGGCAGCAGGCGCAGGACCUGCUCCGGGAACACAACAGCUUUAUCCCCGCCGCCGCUGCGUACGGAUACGGACCGUACGGUUGCGGAGGAUACGGCAUCCAGCUCCAGUCGUAUCACACACACUCUGCACUUUUUGCUUUUCAACAGCAGCAGCAGCAGCAGCAGCAACAGCAGCACUCCAGGCAUUCACACUCACACACGGGAACCAUUAUCCCUGCGCCGUCUUUGAUGGCCACCACCACGGACUUAGCCAGGAGUAGGUUUUAUCCUCAGCUCAGCUCCAGCCUGGGCUCAGCCAGCGUGCAGGCUGCAGCCCCGGUGCAGAAGUCCAGCUCUCCGGUGCAGCGUUCCCCCUUCUCCAUAGAGAGUAUCAUCGGAGGGUCACUGAGCCCUUCCAGGACUUCCCCGGUUGUUGUCCCGGUCUUACCCACCUCUUUGGGGCCUGCAGCAGUCAGCCAGACGCAGACCGUCCAUCCCGGAGCUGUUUUACACCCGGUUGAAAACUUUCCGAACAGAGUUGUGAGCGGCUCUAGCGGCUGUUAAAUGUCUUAAGAACAAACUUUUUUUUUUCCAAGAAACUAAAAAUUAAAAAAAAAAAGAAACAGCAGCAAAAACAAAAAAACGCCCCUCUUUGAAGGUAGGAUUAUUUUUGUAUGUUUGUUUGAUAGCACGCAGCUGAAUGAUGGACAUGAACUACACUAUUUGUGCCUAUAUUCAUGCUGUUUAAAAAAAAAAAAGAAGAUAUAUUUAUGUUCCUUUUUUUCGGUGUGAAUCAGAUUUUUUUUUAAACCACGAACUUUUCUUGUAUUUUUUCCAUCAAGUGAUUCGUUUCAGUCACUGUUUUUUUUAGGACGUCUCAGGAUAUAAUGGACAGGUUAUAAGUGAUCACAUGUUUAAAAAUGAAAAAAAAGUCAAGAGAAAGAAAAUAGGCUGAUAAUGUAUUUGUGUCAAACACAUCCAUGUUUGUUUGUUUUUUUAUUAGUUUGACAAAUCAAAACGUUUUUUUCUUACAGUUUUGAUUUGAACUUUGUAUUAAAAGAAAAAAAGAACACAGAGAGCAAAAGUCAUACAUUUAUAAUAAUAUGCAGUGUGUGUUUAUUUCAGUAAUAAAACAUUGUACAUUUUUGGCAAAGUAUUGUGUAACUGAAGUGUGAUAUUUUUACACAGUUUGUUUUUUCAACAAGAAUAAAUUUCGUUUUGCAAAAAAAAAAAAGGAAAAAAAAGUUAAUUUGUUUGGACAUAAAUUUAUUAAAUAACGUUGAGCCUCCCUGGGGGCCUAUAUGCUGCUACCCCAGGGUUUACACCGAGGAGGGAAUUAGGCUGGAUAAUGUUGCCAAUAACUUAAAGUUGCUAGUGUUUUUGGGAUUGUGCAAAUUAAUCAGCUGAUACAGUAACAGAUUAUAGGUUAAUACUAAUUUCUGCAUGGCUUUGAAUGGUGGGGAGGGUGCAAAGUGUGUGUGCGCAGCCUCAAUUGAAAUGCAUUUUGUGAUCAGUUUAUUCAGAUGUUGGCCCCACUCUCUAGUAUCAGUGCUGUACACGUUGGAACAUGCGCACAGGAGGCCUGCGUGUCCACCUGACCUCUCUCACACU